UUUUUUUAAUUUCAUAUAAGGAAAUUAGAAUAAAAAAGAAAAUAUCUGAAGUUUUUGUUGUGCGAAUUACAAUACGUUUCGAAAGGAUCGUAUUUCUCCAGGCACUCGCCUUCUUGGAUGAGCAUAUUAACAUCAUGAGCACAAGUGCAGUACCCUAUCAGCACAGCUCCUACGGGGGCAGCCGAAGCUCCGCCCCCAUCCACUGCUUCCGCUGCAGGGAGGUAUGCAAGGGUGAGGUGGUCCGCGUGCAGAGCGUCCACUUCCAUGUCAAGUGCUUCACCUGCCAAGUGUGCGGCUGUGACCUGGCCCGUUCCGGAUUCUUCCAGAAGAACGGCGAGUACAUCUGCACGGCGGACUACCAGCGUCUGUACGGCACCAAGUGCGACAGCUGCGGGGACUUCAUCACGGGCGAGGUGGUGUCCGCGCUGGGCCGCACCUACCACCCCAAGUGCUUCGUCUGCAGCGUCUGCAGGAAGCCCUUCCCGAUCGGAGACAGGGUGACGUUCAGCGGGAAGGAGUGCAUCUGUCAGCAGUGCUCCCACACUCUGGUCAGCGCCAACGAGCCAAUCAAGAUCCACGGGCCCAGUCACUGUGCGGGCUGUAAGGAGGAGAUAAAGCAUGGCCAGUCCCUGCUGGCCCUGGAGAAACAGUGGCACGUCAGCUGCUUCAAGUGUCAGACGUGCGGCAUCGUCCUCACGGGGGAGUACAUCAGCAAAGAUGGCAUUCCAUACUGUGAGUCAGAUUACCACGCCCAGUUUGGAAUUAAGUGUGAGACCUGCAACAGAUACAUCAGUGGAAGAGUGCUUGAGGCUGGAGGAAAGCACUACCACCCCACCUGUGCUCGCUGCGCCAGGUGUCACAUGAUGUUCACGGAGGGCGAGGAGAUGUACCUGACAGGUUCAGAGGUGUGGCACCCACUGUGUAAGCAAGCAGAACGGGCAGAGAGGAAAUUGAAGCACAGACGCACUUCGGAGACCUCCAUCUCGCCGCCCGGCUCGAGCAUCGGCUCCCCCAGCCGCAUCAUCUGCGCCAAAGUGGAAAACGAGAUCCUUAAUUACAAAGAUCUCGCAGCUCUGCCUAAGGUCAAAGCUAUUUAUGAUGUGCAGCGGCCCGAGCUCAUGUCUUAUGAGCCCUAUCAGAGAUACACCUCCGAUGACAGGCUAGAACGCUACAGCUAUGGGGAGUCCCUGGGCACGCUCUCUCCGUACUCGCAGGAUAUCUACGACAGCAUGGACCUGAGGCAGCGGCGUUCCUCCAGCCCUGGCUACAUCGACUCGCCCACCUACAGCCGCCACGGCAUGUCCCCCACCAUGCCCCGCUCCCCCCAGCACUACUACCGCCCGGGCACUGAGAGUGGCAGGAGCUCUCCCUUUUACAGUCAGCUCGAUCCCAGAUCCAGCACUCCUACUACGUACCAGGCACCCAAGCAUUUCCAUGUGCCAGCAACAGGGGAACCCAACAUCUACAGGAGGCCUCCCAUCUAUAAGCGCCAUGCCACCAAAAGCAAGACUAGCGAGGACAUUGUCCACUCCUCCAAGUUCCCCAUGGCUUUCUCCCCCGACCACUACCAGCACUCCGAAUCCGACUACUACCAUUACGCUGGCUCCCCUAAAGCCUCUCGUGCUCCCCGUCGAAGGUUUUCAUCUGGAGGAGAAGAGGACGGCUGGAAUCACAGUCUCCACAGAAUCCAGAGCGGGAUCGGCAGGAUGAUCCUGAAGGAGGAGAUGAAGGCCAGGUCCGGUUCCUAUGACAACGACCCCUGGGCGAGCGCACGCAACUCCCGCAGCGGCAGCAAGGAGACACUGCACAGUAUGGGCUACAACAACACUGUGAAUGGCUCUCCCCGGUCACACUACAGCACAGACAGUGACUCCUACAUCUCCAAGUCGGCCUCCUUACCGGGUUACGGCAGGAACGGGCUUCACAGGCCACAGAGUGCAGAUUACUUCCAGUACGAUAGCUGCAAUGCAGUAAAUUGGGGGAUCAGAGAAUACAAGAUUUACCCAUAUGAAGCCUUGAUAGUGACCACCAGGGGGCGCAACAGGCUACCAAAGGAUGCAGACAGGGCAAGGUUAGAGCGCCACUUGUCGCCUGAGGAGUUCUAUCAGGUGUUUGGGAUGACGAUGACAGAGUUCGACCGGCUGGCCUUGUGGAAGAGAAACGAACUGAAGAAGCAAGCUAGGCUGUUUUAACAGCCCCCACGGGCCUGUCCCCAGCCCAGAGGAACAGAGCCGAGCCGGCUCCAACACGCAUUCAGGCCCAGAGAAGCAGAACCACUCGGGCCUUACCGAGCAUCCUUAGCCCAGAGACGAGGACCAGAUUCAGAGAGGGAGACAGAACUAAAUCAGCAAGCAGCGCAGAGGAAGUCGGAACACAAGACUUAUCAACACCCAAACUUUACAAUCGCUUUCAGUUCUGUAUGUUCAAUAGGUUGCGUUUUUAGCUCCCAACCACACUGCUCUGCUACGCUAGCUGUAUCGAAAGCUCACCAGGCUUGGAGAUAGAAUGGGCUUUGCCUUACUUUCAAGUUGUAAAUGCGCACCAGCAAAACUGAAUGACGGGAACUGAAUGUUGAUAUCAUAUCAGCCACUUUAUCAGAAUGUCGAGUGAAAACGCAGCAUCAUAUUGUUUUAGUCGAAACGCUUUCAAAAAUAUAUACAAGAAACGAAGUCAUUAUCUUCCCAGUAUACAUCUCCCACCAUUUUCAUUUAAAAGUAACCAAAUGAGCUUUUUAACAGUGAGUAUGUUUUAUGCUGAAAAAACGGUAAAAUGUAUGUAUUUCAUUUCAAGAAAGUGAAGACAAGGGUUCCUUCUGGAUUGAUGUUUAAAGGGGUGAUGUGCAAAAAGUUUGGGAUGUACAUCAGUUUAGAGGACCCAAACCAAAGUACAUGAAAAAUACAUGCGGUUAAGUGGAUUUCUUUAGCACGUGUCAUAUGGAAAAACUGUCCAUGCUUAAUCUGGCUAGUGUAUGGAGUAUAUCUCUCUUAUGUGUCCUUGCACACACCUUGGACUGUUGAGCACUGAAUUUGACCUCCCAUGUAAAGGAAGCUGUUGCUAUGAAGAAUGUAUUUUCAGUUACAAGGCAUCAAGAAAUAUCCAAUGUAGUAAUAAUAGAGCUAAUUGCCGAACUGUGGAAGUAGUUACCACAGGUAUUUUUCUAUUUUAUUUAUCUUUUUUCAAAGUGAUGUAAAAAGAAAACCCACACAAGAAAUUAAAAAAAUUGGGUGCAUUGUUUAAACUUUAUAGAAUGAUACUUUGUGUGUUCCCUGCAGAAGAAUGAGUGAGGUGGAGACUGGGAUUUCAUGAGACAGUAGAGCACUGGCUCCUGUCUUUGGUGGGAUGGAUAAUGAUAUGGUGACAAAUCCACACUUACGAUCAGUGAAAGUGUCUGGGUUUCAUGCCACAUGCAGCUAGUACCACCUAAUGCACCAGAAGGAUUGCACUUUUGCUGUGAGGUUUAGGCUAUCGAUUCUUAGUCUGCUAGCAAGUGCUGCAGUUCACAUUUAGUGGGAUUUGAGCCGAUCAUCAGCUUGUUAUUUACGGUGGCCUUUUGGUUUACUGUAUUUUACCGAUUUGAGAGGACAUGGUGACGGUAUAAUCAAAGAAUGUUGUUUUCGAUCAUCGAGCUAGAAAACCUUUACGCAAUGACAUGGUUUUAAGAAAUGCAGUCAAGUUCCACAUGGUCAAUAAAUCAGCACUGUUAAAUCUACUGUCUGUAGUGGACCUUAGCUUUAAUGUCGUAGGUAUUCAAUCAAUGUCUGGGAAGGCCUCUGGCCAUUUAUAUACUGUGGAACUUAGUUUUCAUGAAUGUCACUCACCCGUUCCUGUAUUCAUGCAUUCAGUCAUUCAUUACCAGUUAAGAACUACACUCCACUCGCAAUAUUAACCUGCCAUACAUGAACUGUUUUUUUUGGAACGUCACAGUACUUACAGGUGUAAUGCCUGGAGUAGUACACCUCUGUACUAAAUAACUGAGUAAUUAAAAGCUUUUAAAAUAAGGGAGGAUUCAAAGAAAAAUAGCAGUAUUUUUUAAUUGUACUUUUUUCUUUUGUAACUA